UCCAGAAUUACUCAGUUAAAGAAUCAUCUGUUCAACCACUUUCAAACUAAAGAUCUGGGUCGUCUAAAAUAUUUUCUUGGUAUUGAAGUGGCACAGUCAAAAGAUGGUGUCAUCAUUUCACAAAGGAAAUAUGCUCUUGACAUUUUAGAAGAAACAGGUCUAACAAAUUGCAAGCCCAUUGAUAGUCCUAUGGAUCCAAAUCAAAAGUUAAUGAGAGAUCAGGGUGAACUCUUCUCAGACCUAGAGAGAUAUAGAAGGCUAGUUGGAAAACUCAUCUAUCUCACCAUAACAAGACCCGACCUUUCUUAUUCAGUUGGAAUUGUGAGUCAAUUUAUGCAAAAUCCACAUGUUGAUCAUUGGAAUGCAGUGCUUCGCAUUCUCAGAUACAUAAAAGGAAGCCCAGGACAGGGACUAUUGUAUGAGAACAAGGGAAACACUCGAAUCGAAGGAUAUUGUGAUGCAGAUUGGGCUGGUAGUCCAAUUGAUCGAAGAUCGACUACAGGAUAUUGUGUUUUACUCGGUGGGAACCUUGUAUCUUGGAAAAGUAAGAAACAAAAUGUUGUUGCCCGAUCUAGUGCUGAAGCUGAAUACCGAUCUAUGGCUCUAACUACAUGCGAACUUGUGUGGAUUAGACAACUUCUUCAAGAAUUGAAAUUUUGUGAAAAUGAGCAAAUGAAACUGUACUGUGACAAUCAAGCAGCUCUUCACAUUUCUUCCAAUCCUGUGUUUCAUGAGAGAACGAAACACAUAGAAAUUGACUGUCAUUUUAUUAGGGAGAAGUUAUUAUCCAAGGAACUAGUUACUGAAUUUGUCAAUUCUAAUGAACAACUUGGAGACAUUCUGACCAAAUCCCUAAGGGGGCCUAGAAUUCAAUUCAUAUGUUCCAAGCUUGGUGCAUAUGAUUUAUAUGCUCCAGCUUGAGGGGGAGUGUUGAAAUGUAAUAUGUUUUAGAUAUAGACUCCUUAGGAGUCUUCUAUGUUUUUCCUUUGUUUUCACUGUUCCUACUUUCACUGUUGAUUAUGUUUGUAUAAGUAUCAUUAGUGAUGUAUUAGGAAAGAAGAAGAAAUAAUAGAGGUUUUGUUUUAAUCUCUUUCUCUCUAAAUCUUCAAGUCUCUGUAAUGUGUAGAAAGAAAAAUACAAGUAUAGAUCUCCCCCAAGGAAGCCUCCCUUCCUCCACUGGCCAAGAGGUCCAGUCUAAACCCAAAAUAAUAUCCGAUACCCUCCUCAACAACUCAGCUUUUAUUUUAUACUCUCUCUCUCCCCCUAACAAACUAACAACCUUUCCCGCUAUUUACUUCCCUCCCCUUUUAUUCCUUCUUUCAUAAACUUGCAACUUCCUAACA